AUGGCUGCUCCCGAGAUCCCCAAAAAGCAAAAGGCUGUCAUCUAUGACCAGCCCGGUACCGUCUCGACCAAAGUCGUCGAGAUCGAUGUGCCUGAGCCAGGGGCAGGCGAGGUUCUUAUCAACCUCUCACACUCCGGCGUGUGCCACUCCGACCUUGGAAUUAUGACCAAUACUUGGAAAAUGCUCCCAUUCCCGACUCAGCCGGGUCAGGUCGGCGGCCAUGAGGGCGUAGGAAAGAUCGUGAAGCUUGGCCCUGGCACCGAGUCCUCCGGCUUGAAGAUCGGGGACCGUGUCGGCAUUAAAUGGGUCUCUAGUGCCUGUGGGAACUGCCAGCCCUGCCGGGCAGGAUCCGACGGGUUGUGCUUCAAACAGAAGGUGUCUGGGUACUACACGCCAGGCACAUUCCAGCAGUAUGCAUUGGGUCCUGCAAACUAUGUGACCCCCAUUCCCGAUGGCCUGGACUCCGCGGAGGCCGCUCCAAUGCUCUGCGCCGGUGUGACUGUCUACUCCGCCCUGAAGCGUAGCAAUGCUCAACCAGGCCAGUGGGUCGUCAUCUCUGGUGCUGGUGGCGGCCUGGGCCACAUCGCUGUGCAAUUAGCCAGCAAGGGCAUGGGUCUGCGGGUGAUUGGCAUCGAUCACGGGAGUAAGGAAGAGAUCGUCAAGGCGUCUGGGGCAGAGCACUUCGUCGACAUCACCCAGUUCCCCAAGGAUGACAAGGGCGUCGCCCUCCAGAGUCACGUCCAGUCGCUGACCGAGGGAUUGGGCGCUCACGCCGCGGUGGUCUGCACCGCCGCGAACGCGGCGUACGCCCAGGCCCUGCCGCUCCUGCGCUUCAACGGCACCCUGGUCUGCGUCGGGAUCCCUGAGAACGAGCCCCAGGCCAUAGCGACGGCGUUCCCGAAUUCAUUCGUCAAUAAGCAGUAUACCAUUACCGGGUCUGCGGUCGGGAACCGCACGGAGGCGAUUGAAACCCUGAAGUUUGCGUCGCGAGGGGUGAUCAAAGCCCACUGCCGGGUGGAGAAGAUGGAUGCGGUGACUUCAGUGUUCAAAGAGAUGGCUGAGGGUACUUUGAAAGGACGUGUGGUGAUUGAUCUGUCAGAUUGA